GGAGCUCUCCACUGGAGAGUGCACACACACAUACACACACUCACACACAGGCAGAGCAGAGCAGAGCAGAGCAGAGGAGCUCUCAUCCAGAUCGGUGCCAGACGCACGGUCGACUUUUUGUUUUUGCACGAAUUUUACUACGUUUUUGUUGAAUUUUUUAAAAUUGAGAACAGUUAAUACUUCACUUUUAUAUCAAGUUUGAAGCUUUUUAAGUUUGUUUGUGAUUCUUUACGCAUCUUUGGAAUAUAUUUCGUGAUUUAAGGUGGAUACUUCACGACGCGCAGAAGUCAUCGUGAAGAAGUUCGACCAGGAUUGUUUCUUUCCGACGCAGGAGCGCGCAGCAGCCCAGAGCGCUUCGAGAAAAAAAAAACUUGUCAGUGCGACUUCAUCUGGGGUGCUUUUUUGAAUUGAGCCGUCCCAGAAAUGGUGGGGCACCUACACUUACAAGCGAUGGAUGAUAGUCUCAAAGGAAAGAACCGAGAAGGACUGCUCGACAGUCCGGAUUCGGGAUUGCCCCCCAGUCCCAGUCCGCCCUUCUGCUCACUCUCUCCGGGUCUGAUCGAGUCGCGCUCCAGCAGCUGCACGACGCCCGUCGAAAGCCAUCAUGGUUAUUGUAAAAAGGAAAGCAGAGAAGGCAAACUGCUGCCCUACCUGCUGCUGAACUCCACAGGAACAGACCCAAAGACUCGCAUGUACCCCGUGUUCUUUGGAGAAAGCAUCGAAGUCAACCCCAAGCCAGAGCAGGAAAUCAAGUGCAACUCUGAGGUCAAGUAUGACUCUGACAAACAUUACCGGGACCGGGUUUAUUGCGCACCUGUUCCCACAGCCACCUCCUUCAGCGAGACAGUGGUGGCAGUGCAGAACUGCACUUGGAGGAGCUACAAGUCCCAGGUGUACUUAGAGCCGCGGCAGAGGCCCAUCAGCUACCAGAGCACCACCAUCAUCUACCCGAAACACGCCAAGAACACUUACCGCACCACGCUCAACUACAAUGCCACAGGCUCCCGCCGCUGGUUUGUCUCCACGGUGCAGCUGGAGUCAAGUGAGGAUACUAGUCCCUGUAUCAUCUACACAGAAGACCUGUAGAGUCCAGACCGGGCCAGCCCAGGGCUACCCUGGGGAUCAUGUUGUGUGUUUUUUUUUUUUUGGAGGACGAGGAACUUGGGAAGGCCCAAAUUAAAAGGGAAAUACUUCAAGUUAUACCUGGAGCCCCUAAAACCCUGCUCUGUUCAUCUUUACUCGCUAUGGAGGAAACUCUGGGAACCCUUUAGUGACAUUUCACCUGAGUGUAUUUAGACUUUCUACUGAUGCAGUCUUUAAAAAGGGAGUUGGUCCUCUGUCAGUUUAAAGCUGUACUUCAAUGGCUAAUGUCUUAUUUAAUACAAGAGCUGACAAAUUGGUGGUCUUUGCUCUCCUUCAGGUUGGAUUGUAACCUCAGUGAAGGUAACGAUCAGAUUGUAGAUGUCUGUGCAUGUAGAGAAAAAUCAAGAUGACACGUGUCAUGGGAGCUCGCGCAAAACCCAGUCACACCAAUGCAAAGCUUUCUAGUAUGGCUUUAUUGCACUUGUUUUCUAUAUAUCACAGUCCUCCCAGUGGACUUGGCAUUGCAGGGGGAGAAGUUCAGUGCUGCAUAUGAAAAAUUGGACCAAAGACAGUUUAUCUCUUAACUCCACACAGUGAGACAGCACACUUGCUUUUGUUUCACAGUUUUAAUUAACACGCAUUCAAACAACAGCUUGUCUAUUUUGAUCAAGUGUUCAGUUAAACUAUACUGCAUAUUGCUAGGUGUUCUGUUUCUUCACCAGAACCACAGCGGUCUGUAGAGUUUGGACUGAAGUCUAAUCAAAAGAAGGAUGAGAGCACAAUAACAAGAGAUUGCCUAGGGAGAAUUUAAAAAGGGAGAUAUUUAAAGCUUCUGAAAACCUGGUUUCAAAUCUCAUUAAAGUAUAGAUUCAUGCUGGAUCAUUGCAGUUUAGGUUUUAACGCCUGUUAAACUUAAUUUGAAUACUUUGGUUAGGAUAAUGUUGGAGUUGAAGGUGUUUUUGUAAAAGAGGUUCUUGUUUGGUCUCUAGGAGGUGCUGAAAGGUUUAAGUUUGGGGAGGAAACAUCCUUAUGCUAGCAGGUUAUUUAUUAAGAGUUUAAUGCUUAAAAAGUUGAUCUGCUUCAUCAGGACUAUGUGGGUGUAGGACCACAUCAUCUGUAGUUACAAGAUGACUGAUAACAUAGUUUGGCCUUUGAGAAAGGUGACAGUCAUCGUAUGGUUUAUUUUUUUUCAGUUAAUAGAACAGUUUGUUUUUUUUUACCUGGUGUCAGAUGGUGGAGUCGCACAAUAAAAUGCCAAAAAAUUAGACAAUCAAGGGAAGUACUGACACUUCUCUGUCACAACUCUUGGUACGGAACAAGCUGUACAGAUGCAGUGGCACUCACCUGUUUACUUCUCCAAGAGAGUCAUUAGUCAAACACAAAAACAAGAACUGUUUCCAGUUUUGUCUGGAUGGUUUAGAGCUGUGAGAAGUCGACAUAUCGCUGUUUCAGCUGCCUCUCUAAAUAAGGCUAACACUGAUCUGGAUUGCACCAGCUAUUCAUAAAUGUAUCACAAAGUUUGCAGAUAAAGUAACGUCGAAGUAAUGAUUUACUCAUAGUGCACAAUUGAAAUCUCUUAGCUAGUAAAGUUAACUUCACAACAAUAACUUAACAAUAACUUCACAACAAUAACUUCCAAAAAAAUUACAGUUUUAUGGGAGUAAACAUCAUAUUCAACUUGACUACUUUUUUUUUAUGUAGGUAAUAAUUGUUUUGUUUAUAAGUGCAUACAUGGAGAAAUAUGUUUUUUUCCCCAAUGUAUUCAUGCAUUAUCCAGUUACUAUCUAACAUUAUUUAGUUUGAAAUGUUUGUCAGUGUAAGGUUUAAUAAGUAAUUUUAGGUAUGAUUUAAGAUGAAAUUUAUAUUCAAAUAUUCCCCAUCUGUCAGGUGAGAUAUUUCAACCAUAUUAUAUAUUACCUAUUUCAGUCUUCGUUGUUAAUGGGCCAAGCUAACGUUGGCUUUGUCACUUGGUUCCAUUAAACCUGGCAUACAAAUGUAACACCAACCAGUCUCUACAUAAGAAUUAGUUUGCUUGAUGCAACUCCUUUUGCUGUAGUGAUGUGUAAAUCCCCACUUGCAACAUAACUAGGCCUGAAUUUACGAAUAGCUGGUGCAACCCAAUGUUUCAAGUUAUCAGAUAUCAAAAAAUAUAUAUAUGUGAAAAGUCGGGCAGUGAAACCAAAUUAGAUUUCCCUGUUGAAGAUGUAAGAUAGAUUGUAUUGAUCAUUUUCAUGACUUCUUUAUGUGUCUGUCUUUUACAUAUAUAUAUAUAACUGAACAUGGCAAAUAUUGAAACUUCAGACUUUACCUCAAAUUUUCUUAGGUAUCAGUUUUAUUUCAUUGCAAAUGUGUAUUCCCAGUUUUCAUUUGAGGUCUUGAGCGUGUGAUCUUGUUUUAUUUUGUAGUUUGAAAUACCCUCCAGGUAUGUGUGGAGUAGAAAGGACAUAGAGGGCACAAAGUGGAGGAGUUGCAUCAGUGCUGUUGGUACUGAGUUUUAACGAGGGAACAGUAAGUAGCAAUACAAAGAGCAAGACAAUGGGAGAAAAGUCAGAUCUGCUCUUUCAAAAGAAAAAGAUGAGAUGAGGAAAUUGUUCCAGAGAUGAUUUUUUUUAAUACAACAGUUAAGUUCCUGGCAAGAUAGUGGAGAGUUUUGCUAUGUGUUGAUGGUCUGUGAAAUGUCAGAGAAUGAUGAGAGAAAGUUGGUGGGUGUCAAGUUAAACACGUUGGUGGGUUUAUGUGAGAUACUUUUGUGUUUCCUAACACUUGAUUUUGUUACUGUAAAAUAUUUUCCUGUUGUAUAUGUGGCAUCGAGGCACUUCAUAAUUCUCUUUAUAUUUUUGUACGUCAAUCAUUGUUCCUGCUCUGAUCAAGGAAAAUAAUUUAAAAAGAUGUAUAUCCUAAUUGAAUAAAAAAAAAAAAAAAAGAAUUUCCCAAACCCUAA